AUGGAAAAGCUUCCCCGUGACGUUGCCCUCGACAUAUUUUCCAGGCUGCCAAUCACUUCCCUAAUGCAAAUCAAGUGUGUGUGUCGAUCUUGGCGUGCCUUAGGCAAAGACCCUCGGCUCCUUAUAAUGUACCAGGCCAUAGCAAAUAAGAGAAACCCAUGUCUCAUUCUUCACUGCGAUUCUCCCAUUCAGAACAAUUUACAUUUCGUUGAAAGCAGCCAAAUUGGACAUCAUGAGCACUACACGAACAAUGCGAGAAGGAUCAAUGCACAAAUCCGAUAUGUUGCACCCGAGUUCCAUGUUGUUGGUUCGUGUAACGGCCUUUUAUGCAUCUCCAACGCACUUUACUUCAACCCUCUUCUGGUUUUCAAUCCUUUAACCACAAAUUAUAUUCGGCUGCCAAACACAACCCAAUACCCCAAACAACAAGAAGUAGCCUUUGGAUUUGGUUUCCACCCCACCACAAUGGAGUACAAGAUUGUUUGGAUAUCAUACUUAAACAACACCUACCAAAGUCACCAGCUGCCUCUACAGUCCCGUGUCCAAGUUUUAACUCUUGGCUUGAACGCUUGGAGAAUUUCGGUCUCUCCUCGUUGCAAGCUUGAGCAAGGAUCAUCCGAGGCAUUAGUCAACGGUAAUCUUCACUGGGUGACAACGCGCCACAAACAUCGACCCGGUCCUUGUUUGCGUAUUGUUUGUUUUGAUUUAGCUGAGGAAAAGUUUAGGGAGAUUGAGAGUCCGGGAUGUGGAAGUCUUAACAUUUGCAAUUUUCAUCUUGUGGUCUUAGGAGGGUGUCUCUCUGCUGUUGUUUGUCAUGAUGAUGGAAAAAUUGAUAUAUGGAUGAUGAAAGAGUAUGGUUCAAAGGAGUCUUGGACCAAGGAAUACGUAAUUGGGGAGAGUUUGUUUAGAAGCUUAAGCGAAAGAAGAAAUUCUCGUCCAAGCUCAAGAAUAUGGAAGAGGCCAACUCUAAGCAAAGGUAAAAUACAGGUUUUAUGCUCUCUGAGGAAUGGAGAGAUAUUGUUAGAGUAUGAGAAUGGAGUCUUGGUUUCAUAUAACACAGAAAGCGAGGAGUUUCAACAACUUAUGAUUCAUGGACUUCCCAAGUGGUUUUGUACAAUUGUUCAUUUUGAAACCCUUUAUCCCGCAGAUGUAAUUCUUCAAAUGCAGCUAUAG